AUGGAAUUUGUGCGAAAUAAUUGGUUCACAAUUGCAAUGAUGGCAACUUUUGGUAGUUAUGCUUAUGGACUUUUUGAUGAUAAAAGAAAAGGUGAAAUGCUUGAUAAUGAAAAGAAAGAAUAUGAGAAGUUACUUCGAGAAAAGUAUAGAAUUCAAAAAGAUCGAAGAAUGUAUGAUCCUCCUCCAGCACAUAAUCCAGAUAAACAAUCAUUGUUGGACAUUGGAAGGAGAAGGGAUUAA